UAUUUGUAACUAAUGAAAUGAGUUUUGAUUUCUUUUGUAUAGUAUAAUAUAUCAAUGUCCAAACUAAUUGUAAAUAUAUAGCUUUGCUUUACAUUUUAUCAUGGCUUCUUCAUUAGGCCAGGCAGAAAAAGAUGAAAUCCGAGAUAUGUACGAUUUAUAUGACACUGAAAAAGCAGGCAAAUUACCACAGGAUGACUAUGCCACUAUAGUUCGUGGUAUGGGACACAAUCCCUCAGAAAAAGAGCUACAAGAAAUGUUUCAAUCAACAAGACCAGAUCGUGCUGGAAUGGUGGACUAUAGUGAUUUCCUCGAUGCAUAUGCAAAGCACUUUAAUACCAGAAAGAACGAAGAACGAGAAAUACGGCAAGCUUUCAGAGUUUUUGACAGAAAUGAAGAAGGAAUGAUAGAUGCCAAUGAACUGAAACAAAUUGUCACAACAAGAGGGGAGCGAUUAUCAGAAUCAGAAGCAAAGUCUUUAAUUAAAGAGGCAGAGGUGGAUAGUCAAGGGAAGAUAGAUUAUGAAGAUUUGACCAAAGUUAUAAAAGUGUAAAUGGAGGUCACCUUACGACAAAUACAAAGCGUUUGGUGAUGCUUAAAAUUAUCCAAAUUGAAUCAACGAUUUUCUCAUACUGUUUGAUAUUGAUAAAUGACACUAUACAAUCUACCA